GAUACCAAAGGAUAGGUGAGUAAAUGUGCGACAAACAGAAUGGCAGAUACAGCCGGUUUCAACACUCUGGAUAAACAGUACCCCUUUCAGCUACGCGACUACGGCUUACUGCACUCGGAUUGCUACAUCAACGGAUCGUGGGUACCGUCAGUCUCGGGAAAGCGGUUUACGGUGGAAGAUCCUGGCAGUUUGCGCUUGUGGACUUCAUGUCCUGACUGCGUACCAGAAGAUGUUGACAGGGCUGUACAAACCACAUACACUGCCUUUCAAUCCUACUCGAAAUUUACUCCACGCAAACGGGCCCAAUUAUUGGCAGAAUGGCAUAGGCUCAUACUAGCAGCACGCGAUGACCUAGCCAAAAUUUUGGUUUACGAGACAGGGAAACCAUUGCACGAGGCAUACGGUGAGAUUGAUUACGGGCUGACUUUCAGCUGGUGGUUUAGCGGCGAAGCAGAUCGCAUUCAAGGGGUGACAGCAUCUAGCUCAACCCAGGAUCGCCGGGUAGUUACUAUCAAACAGCCCAUCGGCGUUGCUGUUGCCCUCGUGCCUUGGAACUUUCCCAUCGCUUUAGUCAUGCGCAAGGUUAGCGCUGCUUUGGCCGCUGGGUGUACAAUGGUCGUCAAACCAUCACCAGAAACCCCUGUUACUGCUCUUGUUCUCGCAAACCUCGCUUCUCGAGCCGGAUUUCCACCCGGGGCGUUCAACGUGCUGACAACGAGCCUCGAAAAUACACCAGCAGUCUCAAAGGCCCUCUGUAUUCAUCCGCUGGUUAAGAAGGUCACAUUUACAGGAAGCAGCAGGGUUGGGAAAAUUAUUUCUGGCCUAUGUUCUGAGAAUUUGAAGAAGUCGACACUUGAACUGGGUGGUAACUGUCCUUUUAUUGUUUUCGAAGAUGCGAAUCUUGAUCUAGCCGUCGAACAGCUAAUGGCGCUGAAAUGGCGACAUGCUGGUCAGGCAUGUGUUGCAGCGAAUAGAGUUUUCGUGCAGCGGGGAAUUUAUGAUAAACUUGUAUGUCGUGUGGUCCAAAAAACGAAGAAUCUCGUCGUGGGACAUGGCAUGGACCCCAAAACAACUCUGGGUCCAGUAACAGUUGCUCGCAGCCUCGAUAAAGUGGAAGAGAUUGUGAGAGAUGCAAUCGCCAAGGGAGCACAACUAGCUUUGGGUAGUGGCCGUAGACUCGAAUUUGUUGAUGGAAGUUUGAACAAGGGAUAUUACGUGGCACCCUCAAUUCUGAUAAACAUGAAUGAUGAGAUGUUAAUGAGCGCCGAAGAAACCUUUGGUCCUGUCCUAGGAAUUUACCCUUUUGAUUCAGAGGAGGAGGUCACUCGGCGCGCCAACAAUACACCUUCCGGCCUUGCAAGUUAUGUUUUCACGGAAAAUGUCAGUCGACUCUGGAGAAUGUUGGAGAAUCUUGAAACAGGCAUGAUCGGUCUAAACGCUGGGAACAACUCUGCAGCCGAAGCACCAUUCGGUGGAAUCAAAGAGAGCGGUUGGGGCAAGGAAAGUGGCAAGGAUGUUGCUGUGGAUGAGUUUUUAAUUUCAAAGACUGGAACGCUCACACUUACGGGCCAUUAUUGA